UCUCGUUUUUAGGUCCUAUUUCUGCAGAAAUGUAUUAAAAGUUCUAGAGGGUUCACAAACUUUCAAGCAGCACUGGAGCUUACGAGAGUUAUUGGGAAGUCCCGUUGUUAUUCUCUUCGAUUAAAAGCGCGCACGUUUAUUGAAUUAGCUCCGGUCGUUCUGGAUUCAUCGGGAGCGCGCCUCCGUUAUUGUGUUUAAUUGGAAGCGCGCUCCCGUUGCUCGGUCCCCGAGCACGCGCGCGCUCUCGUUACUCCGCUCUCUGCACAGGGAACAUGGCGCAUCUGACACGGCGCGCGCUGCUCGUCCUUUGCUUGGCUUUUCCGUGCCACGGAGCUGAGAGAGUCAAACACCGAGGGAUCCGACAGAAGGACACCGAGUACUCGGAGAAAUACGGCAACUGCUUGCAGGGUCCGCAAGGCAUCCCGGGCCGGGAAGGAAACCCGGGAGUGAACGGAAUUCCGGGAACGCCUGGAGUCCCAGGGCGAGACGGUGCCAAGGGAGAGAAGGGCGAGUGUGUGAGCGAGAGGUUCGAGGAGCCGUGGACGCCCAACUACAAGCAGUGCGCUUGGAACUCGCUCAACUACGGCAUCGACCUGGGCAAAAUCACAGAGUGUACCUUCACCAAGCUGCGCUCAGACAGCUCCCUGCGCGUCCUCUUCAGCGGCUCGCUCCGGCUCAAGUGUAAGACGGCCUGCUGCCAGCGCUGGUACUUCACCUUUAACGGAGCCGAAUGUUCCGGCCCACUGCCCAUCGAGUCCAUCGUUUACCUGGACCAGGGCAGCCCCGAGUUCAACUCCACCAUCAACAUCCACCGCACCACGUCAGUGGAAGGUCUGUGCGAGGGCAUCCGAGCCGGGACCGUGGACGUGGGCGUCUGGGUGGGCACGUGCGGUGACUACCCACACGGCGACGCCUCCACCGGCUGGAACUCCGUCUCCAGGGUGAUCAUCGAGGAGCUGCCUAAAUGACCUCCGAUCUCAAAAACACACCGUGGACGGAUACCUUAAGUGAAACCGAGACAUUAGUGUGUUAUAGAAAAUAAAUUUGACGUUUGAAGCUGAACAGGUACUGUAGAAACAUCAGGAAUGUUUUUUUUUGCCUAUCUUUUACAUAUCUGACGCCAUUUUUUAAUGUGUAUUUCAAGGUUGUUGUUUUUUUUCAAAUUCUUGUAGAAGAACGUCCCAUCUCCGAGUGUAUACGUAGCUCUCUGAUUUUUAUUAUUAGCAUCUCAGUAACUCAUGGUAAUAAAGAUGUUGAGAAUGCA